AUGACGACUGAAGUGGCUACUCGACCUAUCAUGGAGAACAACCAAGCUCUUCAGACUGCAUUAGAGUUGUCUAUGCUGAACCUAAGCAAUUCGACUGUGGUCGAUGAUCAGGCGUUAUGUUGGCAUGUAUGGCGACGAGUCUCCUGGAUUGCCUCGAACUCCUCGCUCUCUGAACGUCACCCCAGUGUGUUGCUGUGCCCAGCUUCUGAACAUGUCGCAGAGAUCGUUGGAAGACAAGGAUGUAAAAUCAAAGCGCUUAGAGCUAAAACCAACACUUACAUAAAGACGCCCGUCCGUGGCGAAGAUCGUUUCGUCAUUACUGGUCGGCCAGAGGACGUCUCCUCCGCUAAACGAGAGGUACUAGCUGCAGCGGAACAUUUCACGCAGAUCAGAGCAUCUAAGAACAAUACUGGACCUCGUCAAUCUCCAACUUCCAACUCCCCAGACCUUGACAAAGUUUCUGCCUCUUUUAAAGUUCCCUAUAGAGUCGUUGGUUUGGUUGUGGGACCCAAAGGAGCUACCAUUAAAAGAAUCCAGCAAAUUACCAACACACAUAUUGUUACUCCAUCCAGAGAUAAAGAGCCUUGUUUUGAAGUCUCUGGCAAAGCUGAGGAUGUUGAGAGGGCAAAGAAAGAAAUUGAGAGCUACAUUGCUAUGAGAACUGGAGGCUGUCAUGAUUCUGACAAUGAUUCUGACUACAGCUCUUCAGUCAUGUCGCCAUCUUUGGAAACUGUGUUUACUCCACCUUCUUCCCUCGGACGUAAACCUUCUGAUGGUAGCAGCAAACUCAUGCAGCAGUUCAGCCCUCGUUCGUCAUUCUCCAAAACCCCUCCCAAACUACCAUUACGUCUCUGUGGGGUCUGUAGGGAGAAAGAUGUGGUUGCAGCACUUGUUCCAUGUGGACAUAGCCUCUUCUGUUCAUCUUGUGCUCAAAAUGCUGCUCCAUCACAGGGGUGUGUCCAGUCUGCAACACCUCAAGUCACUUCAAUGUUACGACUCUAUCUCAUUAAAAGUUUCAUCAG